AUGGCAAGCAGGCACAAUUCACGAGAGAAUUUCGUUAAGAACGUGGUCAACUUUCUGCGCCAGUACGGCCUCGAUGGUGUUGAUAUCGAUUGGGAGUAUCCUGCAGCAUUUGACAGAGGAGGCACGCCGGCGGAUGAGGACAAUUAUGUUCUCCUUCUUUCUCAGAUGCGGCAAGCCUUUGACCGAGAGGGCGCUGGUUGGGAGAUCUCCAUCGCUAUCCCAAGCAGUUACUGGUAUUUAAAAGGCUUUGCACUGGAGCGACUGCAACGCUACGUCGACUAUUUCAACUUCAUGUCCUAUGACAUCUACGGCAUGUGGGAUCGGGACAACAAAUGGACGGGCCCGUAUCUGAAAGGGCAUACAGACUGGAGCAUGAUCGAGCUUGGGCUUGACCUUCUCUGGCGCAACGGAGUCGAACCCAAGAAGGUCAACAUGGGUUUCGGAUUUUACGGCCGAUCUUUCACCAUGGAAAACCCAUCAUGCUUUGAGCCUAAUGGCAUUUGCAAGUUCUCUGAUGGCGGAAAUCCCGGCUCCUGUUCGAACACCAAAGGAGUCCUGACAUACGAAGAAAUCGCGAGCCGAAACCACUCCCUCGAUGUCGUGACCAUUUAUGAGGGCAAGGAAACCACGGUAAAAUACAACGUUUACGGCGUCAACCAAUGGGUAUCCUACGAUGACGCACAGUCUUUUCACGACAAACUCGAACACUUGACCUCCAGGUGUCUAGGGGGUCUCAUGAUAUGGGCUAUCGACCAGGACACAAGUGAUUUCAAGGCAUUCGGUGAGCUAAUGGGGGACUAUGCACACUUAAAUCUCCAUGGGCUUGAUGCAGACUCAGCAGAAGAACUGUCAGACCUGUUUGGACAGUAUAAUGGCCAACACUGUUACGUUACCGAGCGCUGCACAAAAGACCGAGAUUUGAAUUCUGGCGACACUGUUCAUGAGGGUGAAAAGUGCGACCCAGGGUAUGAGUCUGUUGCAAAAGCACACAACCCGAUCCAGAAAUAUCCGCGCAAGCUCUACGACAAGUGUGAAAAAGGAUGGUACCGCCACAUCUGCUGCCCGAAGAAGCAACUUCCAAAGGAGUGUAAAUGGAUUGGUGCCCCUGAGCGCAACCGUCACGGCUGCAUAGGGGAAUGUGGCGGUGGAACAUUUGAGUUGAACUCAGAUGACGCUGUCGAUCCCUAUGGUAACCAAUUGUGCUAUCAGGGAAGACGUAAACUCUGCUGCAGAAGCACCAAGCUUUUUGACGACUGCUUUUGGACAAAAUGUUCGCAGACACCCUACGCUAGUGACGACCAUCCUGACUGCCCAGACGGCACAGAGUACGUGACCUGGCGUAACGAUAAACCUGAUGGGAGUGGUGGCAUGUGUCAGGAAGAGUACGGCACACGCGGAAGCCCACUCAAGUCCCCAUUCCGGAGCUCGCUCUGCUGUCCCAAGGGGCAAAGAUUAUGGGAAGAAUACUUCAACAAUAAGGAAAAAGAUAAGGCAGUAUGGAGUUAUGACACUCAGUUUGAGCACAAUGAUAUGGACAAACACCGUGCUUCUCUUGAUGUUAUUGAUGGCUCUGACGCCUUCGGGUUUUUGAUGUUGAACGGACCUCAGGAAGCAAUCGACGACAGUUUCCACAAAACCAUGACUAUCGUCCGUCGGAAUGCUCAGAUCCCCAAGGUCAAGCGUGAGAUCUUCACGAAAAACAAGACGCUGAUCGACAAAGUAUUCGAACAUGCGGCGGAAACUUUCUAUGCAUACUGCAACUAUCCCGCAGGUUCUCCUGAAUGUGAACGGUUAUUCCUGGGGGGUGCUGAGGAUACAAUCAUCAGCUUGCCUGCUCAUGUUGGCGAGGGACCUUUUGCACGUGUUGUAAGCAUUCAGAAGGUUUCUGAAGAGGAUCACAAGAUCUUGAUUCCUCGACAUCACUUUGAGCAUCGUUCAAAGGAGAGGCUGAAUGACAAUCCCCUAUGGAAGAUCAAGAUUGAUUACAACUUUCAUCUCGCUCGGCAGGACCGUGGCAAGGUCAAGAUUCGUGUUGACUACUCUAACUUGCUGGGCUACUGGAAGGAAAUUACAGAUUCUCCAGCAGAGCGUCGCCGCAAACGCAACUUUGAUCCUCUGCCUGGUGAACCUGGCUUCAAGGUAGAACACUUCCGCAAGAUGGUUGCUCGUGGCGAGGAGUAUGAUCGCAUCAUCGGCCGUCGCUCUCAGAAGACUGUUAAGCGCACAAUGUCGUUGAAGGACAGUGAGUUAGAGCCGAAUGGACACUUGUCUACUUCAACUGUGCCCCUAGACUUCAGUUAUUCCAAACGUUCAUCGCAUGGGAAACGCUGGUGGGGAGCGUUCAAAGAAUGGCUACGCAAACUCACAACUGUCACUAAGGAUGAGCUUGGUGACUUGCCUCUCAGCUGGUCAAAGAGCGUCAACUUGUUCAAAGCAAGUGCGGGCUGCCCCCAGAGAACCUGGAACGCCAACUUGAGGGUAGACUUGAACGCGGAGGUUAGCAUGCAAGCAACAUACGCAUAUUACAUGUCAGCAACCUUCAUCCCUCCAAGCAAGCCGGACGUCUUUUUCUACUUUGGCGUUGAGCCAACUGCUGCUCUUGAGUUAGUCAUGGUUGGGAAUGCUGCUGCCCGGUUGAGAACUGGACAGAAAAAGAUUGUCGAUACUUUGUCUUAUCCUGGUCUUGCUAUCAAGGGGAUUGCAGCUGUUGGGCCUACACUGGACGUGUACGGAGAGAUCAAAGGAGAGAUUAAUUUGCAUGGCAAGGCUUUAGCUGGGUGUCGGGUGACCCUCGAAAAGACGCAGGUCUACUGGCCCCAGGACGACAAAGAGAUCGACAAGUACGACAAGAUCCUUGGCAUCAAUCUUCGAGAUAAAGAAGUACCUAAAGGGAACAAGAUCGAGCCUUCCUUUGAGGCCGGUGUUGAGCUCAAGGCAGAGGUCGAUGUCAUUGUACAGCCCCAGGCAAACGUUGGCAUAAAGGUUGGUGGAGGCUCAUAUACAGGAGGAACGAGCCUCGUUGAUGCAGAGAUAUCGGCCUAUGUUUUCACAGCUCUACAAUUCCUUGCGACAGGUGUUGCCAGCACAGUGACCAAGACAUUUAACUACACAUAUGGCGUCUACCUGCAUUGGAAUGUUGGCUAUAAAGCGGUCGCAUCCAUCCUCGAUUGGGUGUCGUGGGCUACACAGCCCCGAGAGGCCUACCCAAAACCCCGGGUCAUUCGCAUUUAUCAGAAGCACGGAAGCAUUGACCUCUCGCGACCUGGUGGUGGAUUCAUUGACCGGCGAACGCUCGAUUCUUUGACACUCCAUUCCACUUUCAAGUACUCUAACGAAACGUUAGCUCAGGCCACAUCGCCACUGGAUUCCGCCCUGUCCAUGCGCAGACGCCAAAAUGAUGACGACGGGGAUCCAAUGGACAUUGAUUCACCCGCUUCGCCGACCUUCUCGCAAACACAGCUGACUUGCCCGGCUGGCGGUUCUCCAAGCAUCAAGAUCCCCGAACUGCGUCUGAACUGCGCCGCACUGCCGCCUCUCUCAGUUAGCCUUCCUGGCAAUAAGAAGUUUCGCAUGUCAACGGUGUGUGAUGGUUAUAAAAGCGGAAAUAUCCAACUCCCAAUGACCCUUACACACGCUAGUGUAAUUAGCGAAGACAGCAUGAUGCGCAAGAAGCAGCGACGAAAUGAGGCCUGCAAGAACAAUGAUCCGGAACCAGAUGGGCUUCACAGGGACAGAAAGUCUUGCAAAGAAAUGAAUGAAGAGUUAUACAAAGCUGGAUUCCCGCGGCCAGUCCACUCUACGGUUCAGGUGUUAGAAUGUGACGAGUUCCCAUGGGCUGCAAGCGAAGAAGGAGGUAGCUUCAUGCCGGUCAAUGAGCGGAGCCGACUCUGCGUCCCUCGGGUACAAAACAAUUAUGCGGGUCAAUGUGUCGAUCUUCUGAACGACAUGCAGUCCAACGUCGGCAAGAUGGAGCCGAUUGACCCGCCCAAAGGCCAGGAGCGUCCGAACCUCUGGGCAUAUUGGGGAGGCAAACAGAACGCCAAUGUUAAGAUCUGGUACACCACGGAUGUUAUCAACGGUGUUCAAAAUCGAAUGACAACAUACAGUACCCGCCAGCCGAUCCCGGUCGGCUACCUACCGAAAACAUGGAAGGGAAAUGAUAAAACUUCGUGGGUUUUCAAGAGAAAUUACACAUUUAGCAUCGUUGAUGAUGGCAGUGAUGCAAAGAGCUGGUGGGAUGCCACACGAUAUAAGGUUACGAAAGCAGGAGAACAGUUAGCAGAUCCCAACAGCUACCAAUCAAUUCUGUGCGCGGUCAAUAUUUUUGGACAGACAGACUACUACAAGUAUCCGGAAAAGAAUGGUGAGAAGUGGAACGGGCUCUGUCUGACAAGCCCCAGAGGCCGCCGCCAGGAAUGGGAUGACCAAUGGGGUCUCUCAAGAUGCUUGGUCGAAUUUGGCAAAAGCCACGAUGUUAAGCGUUCUGUUGGCGACGAAGAAGCGACAGAAUGGGCAGUUAAAAGUAUCCGUGCAGAUCAGAGCCUAACCAUGAGCUCCAUUAGUCAGGAGAGCAUCGAAGUAACUCCUCCUUGGGGUUCACUUCCGGUUGAACAGUAUCUUAUUCGCAACUGGGAUCACUCGUCCAAUAUGACAGCCGAUGAGCAGCGUAAGAAGGUGGUUGCCGCUUUUGUCGACGAAGACCUCCUUGAUGAGGAUCUUUUUGCCUUUCCCCCAACUCGCACUCCAACAGAAUCGGAGAUCACUGAAAUCCUUGCUCCAUGGCGCCCUCAGAAGUUACGUCACAUUGCCGCUGCACAUGCUAGAAUACCAGGGUUCUUCCCAACGGAUUUCUCUCCAUUUUACUACAUUGUACGAACUUACUACGACGGAGGCGCUGAAGAUGAUGUCAAGUUUCGGAAGUGGCUGGAUGACAGCGACGAAGACUGGGGACAUUGCAUUCCCAGAGAACACGAGUGGUUCUGCGUUCUCAAUGACCCCGAACUGUUUAAUUAUGGAGACGACCACUGGACUCGAGUCUAUGAAGUGCUGCCAGAACUAGCUUCAAGAGGCCCGGAUUGCCGUUUCACAGAGGAGCAUAUUAUAUGGGGGUUAAGUUGGGGGCAAAGCUAUAGGGAUAGUGAGGAAUAUUCAUCGGAUGAGGAGAACCUUGCCGAAGGUAUCAGGGCGGCUGCAUCAAGAGACGAGCCCUGGCUGGUAGUUUUUGAUUUGGAUGCCUUCAAAGAGGAGAGAGCUAGGCUCGUCUAUCGCGACAGAAAAGGUUACCCAAUCAAGGAGACGGUGUUAGGGAUGCCCGAAGGAUAUGAGGAUUUUAGAGGAAGAUGUAGCCGCGGUGCAACAUUCGAAGGUUACUGGGAGCAUGCAGUAGUGGCAAACAUGUAUGAACGUAAGGGCAAGAUCAUGAAGAAACUGCUCCCGUUGGUGAAGGAGGCAGAAGAAAAGGAGCGAGCAGAGGAGAAAGAGGGAAAGGAGAUGCAGGAUCAGACUAAAGAGGAGAAAGUCUAUGUAUGA